AUGACCAUCGGAACACUCCCCCAAGAACAACCCCAAGAGCGCAAAACACCACCUUGGAACAACCGCGUCCUCGAAAAGCGCGCCACCCAGCUAGCCCUGAUCCCCUCAGCUUGGCACCUCCCAGCACACCUCCUAGCAAACCCCCCAGCAUCAAGCAUAGACACCAUCCGCGCAAGCGGAAUUCUCUCCACCGACGAGCUAGUAUGGACCGAGACAGCGGAUAUCCGCGACCUCGUCGAGCUGGUCAAGUCCCGGCACGUGACGAGCGAGUCGCUAACAACGGCGUUUUGUAAACGUGCUGCUAUUGCACAGCAGGUUACUAAGUGCUUGACGGAGAUCUUCUUCGAUAAGGCCUUCAAGCGCGCCAGGGAGCUUGAUUGCCAUCUGAUGCGUACCGGUGAGGUUGUUGGGCCUUUGCAUGGGGUUCCGGUUUCUGUGAAGGAUCGUUUUGAUGUUGAGGGGUUUGAUACGACUGUCGGUUGGGUGGGCCUGACCAAUAAACCAGCCAAAUGCAAUAGUUCAAUCGUGCAGUUACUCGAGUCGAUGGGUGCAGUCCUCUAUGUCAAGACCAAUGUACCACAAUCUCUGAUGAUGUCCGACUCUUACAACCAUGUAUUCGGCCAAUCUGUAAACGCCUUCAACCACGCCCUAAUCUCAGGCGGUAGCUCCGGUGGCGAAGCCGCCCUUCUUGGGUCCGGAGGCAGCGUCUUGGGAAUUGGUACUGACGUCGGCGGCUCGAUCCGAGUACCUUCCAAUCUACAGGGUCUAUACUCUAUAUGUCCGACCACAGGACGAGUACCGUGGGACUGUUCUUUCUUACACCAGCACUACCUUAUCCCACCCGUUGCCGGUCCAAUGGCCACAUCUCUCGCUACGACAGAGUACUUCAUGGAAAGUCUCCUUUCGUCUAGUCCCUGGAAUGUAGAUCCAAGCGCAGUUCCCAUCCCAUGGCGGAAAGAGCUCGCGACCCCGCGGGCGCAUCGUAAGUUGAGACUGGGGGUUGUAUUUGAUGACGGCGUCGUUAAGCCGCAGCCGCCUGUUGUGAGGGCAAUGCAUGAGACGAUCGAUGCAUUGCGAGCCGCUGGCCACGAAGUAAUCGAAUGGGACACCUCCCUCCACAUCGCCAUUACCAAUCUCUGGACAAAAGGCAUUCUCGCCGAUGGUGGUCAGCACUGUCGUUCGCUCUGUAAGAUAGUCGAUGAACCCUUGGUUGAAGGCAUGGUUGUCGGCAAAGAGAGCGAUCUUCUUUCACAUGAGGAGCGAGAGCAGUUCGAAGCAACAAAGCUCACCCUCCAAACUGCCUUCCUGAAGCAGUGGGUUUCAUCAGAAAUAGACGCCCUUCUUAUGCCUGUUCUCCCAUGGGUAGGCUAUAAGCCCAAAACAUGGGUCAAGAGCAAGCAGUGGCUGGGUUAUACGGCUAUGUGGAAUCUGUUAGACUACGCGGCUGUUACUAUUCCUGUUGCGAGGGCGGAUCGGAGCCUUGAUUCUGUCGGUAGCGGGUGUAAUGCUGAGUGGGAGGGACAUUCUAUUAGGAAUGAGUCGGAUGCUUUUAACUAUUUGCAGUGUAAGUGGUUGUAUCCUUUGUUUAUUGCUUUUGGGGGGAUUGAAUAA